UUAGCAAAGGACUUCUUAGGUGAGAGAAUUAGACACCAUCGUCAAGAACACCGAAAGACCCAGCUCCAUCAUCGUCUUCUGAACCCGGUUUACCCCCUCCUAAUUCAUCCUCUAAGUACCGAUUCCGCAUCUUGUUGCCGCUUCGACACACGAAAGAAAAGGAGGCAACUUUUGCACCCGCUGCAUCAGCUCGCGGAAAGAAGCGGAAAGGGAUUUGUAGAGAGAGACAGAGAGAGAGGGAGCGGCUGAAGGGAAGCAAGGUAUAUCCGCGGGCCGGGAGAGGUUGUUCUUCGGCUUCUGAAGAGACGUUGAAGUCGGAGAGUGGCUUGUUGAAGAAUGGAGAACAAUGUCAGCAACGGUGGAAGUAUAAGUAGCAGUGGCAAUAGCAUGGCUUUGAGCAAGCAAAAGAAGCCCUUUCAGGGUAUACGGGUACAGAAUCCGUUUACUUUCAAAGUGGGUCAAGUAUUCACUGGCUUCGGCAUCGGUUGUGGUCUUGGUAUCGGCGUUGGCCGCCCCAUAAAUCUGGGUGCAAUACCAGUGGUGAACCAAGUUAUGGGUGCCACCAGUGGAGCCACUUAUGCAUUAUCUGGUGUCACAAGGCACGUCAACGACGGGCUGAGGAAGCUUGGAGCGAAAAAUGUCGAAGCUGGUAUUGGAUGCGGAGUGGGCUUUGGGCAUGGCUUUGGAGUUGGACUUGCACUGAAGCCCGGAGUGAUGAAUCAGAUACAAUCUAGUGUACUACAACUCAUGACGAAGGUGAUGACAAAGUUUGGGAUGGCUCCCAAUUUAUCCAUUGGGCAGGGAGCCUUUCCAGCUUCUCUUCAAGGGGGCUUGAACAUGACAAACAUGCCCUCAAAUGCAAACCAAAUAGGAAAUCCUAUGCAGCUCACUCCCAAGUUACCUGGGAGCAUAUCAUCAGGACUACCAGGACUGGGAACUAUGGGCUUGGGUUCUUCACAUGAAAGUUUUUCAGCCACGAGCUUUCCAAAGGACUUGGACCCGUCCGUUACCAGUCGAACCGAGAAGGUUUUAAACAACUUCUUGCAAAAUCCUGUUCUGAAGCAAGAGGAUAGCGAAUUAAAUGAUCUGGUAGGACGCUUGCGGUCAGAGAAUAACAUGCUUCAAAUGGUAUUGAAGCAUCAGCAAGUCAUCGAGGAGCUCAUGGAGGAGAAUGAAAAGCUGCGCCAGAUACUGGUCGAAGACUUAAAAGUAUCUCCGAGCAAGAUAAAAAGCACGUACUCUAGUAAAAGUAAUUCUCCAUGUGACAAUUGUUUUGAGUGUCGAAGGAAACAAAGACGAAAAUAGAAUGAAAUACAAUAAUUUCCUGUGCAAUUAUCAACAAAUACUACAUUAAACUUCGGGCUUGACCUGAGAAGCUGCUGCCUUUUUUCUUGUGCUGAGUUUACCCUGUUGAGUUGCCUCUGAAACUUAAAAGCAGCAUGAUCAUUGUCGGGGAUCUGUUAGAGCAAGAGGCAGCUGACUAAAGUUGAGGAUUCCUCACAAUUUUGUUUUAAAUAGGAAGCAAUAAAUGCGCCAUAGGUUGGAGGAGUAACCAACACAGAUUUUUGGAUGUGCAUAAGCAAUCUAUCUUGAGCGAUAAAUUGUAUGUUUAUUUUCUGACUUGCUUUUUGAGAAAGGAAAAGAAAGACUGAUUUAAGGAGGAA